CGACUCCGAUAUCUCUCUCUCUCUCUGUCUCUCUCUCCCUCCCUCCCCCCUCUCUCACUCUCUCUCUCUCUCCCUGCAACGCUCUCUCACGCCUGGCCCCAGCGAGGCAGGCCGCGGGAGGAAGAGCGAAACAGCAGUCGCGCAGUCGCGCAGUAAAGGACGGUGGGAGUGGGCAGGCCCGCGGCUUCGUAGGCCUCUCUGUCUCUCUCCUGCUUACGCAACGCCUCGCUCGGCCCAGGCAGGCCUCGCUGACUCCAUCUCCUCUCUCCGUCCGGGGGGAGACUCAACGUGGAUGGCGCUGUUGUGUCAGACCUCUCCCAUACUGGCUGACACCUCGUACGGCGGGGUGCUCCUUGGGGCCCUAUGUGACCAGCGUGCAAAAGGCCUGUUCUGCGAUGUCACCAUCGUUGUGGAGGACAUCAAGUUCCGGGCCCACAGGAACGUGCUGGCCGCCUCCAGUGGAUACUUCCGGAGUGCCCUGGCCAGCCCGGAUGUGUGGACGUCCGGCCAGGUGCUGGAACUGAUGGACCUGAGGUCAGAGGUAUUCGCCCGCAUCCUCAAUUUCAUCUACAGCUCCAAAGUGGCUCUCACCAGCGUCGAGGACGUCCGGUCUCUGGUGGCGGCCGGCAAGAGGCUGGGAAUCCCCUUUCUGGAGAGGCUUUCGGUGUCAGAGACUCGCACGGCGCAGAGUGUCCCCCAAAGCCAGGCCUCCCUCUCGAACGUGACCCCGCUGCCUCCGGCAUCUCACAGAGGUCGGAGAAAGACGUCCGAGAAAAACAGCAGGCGGGGCCCCCGCAUUACCAACGCCUUCUCCAUCAACGACAUCGCCACGGGCAACGAUCCCUUCACGCCCCUGGACCCGCGCGGAGACGGACAGCGGCCCACGUCCAGCGUCCCGGCGAGCUGCCCCGCCCCGGACUCCACCCCUUCCACGAGCGAGAGCCUGCACACUCUGGCUGACCAUUCCUACGCGGUGAGCUUUGGAGAAGGGGGUGAGGCCGGCGCACCGUUGCUCGCCCACGGCGACACACAGACGUCCACAAAGACAGAGUCGCCCAUGCAAACCACAUCUGCGGGGCAGGCGAGCAAGACGUGCAGCCCUCUUAAGAAACGCUACAAGCUCUGGGGCACCCUGGAUGAGCAGAAACCUGGCACACCUGCCUCACCAGCCGGCGUCCACAAUGUUCCUGCCCUCACAUCCCCCUCUCCAGACUCCUCUUCCCCAAACCCAAAAACCCCAAACACCCAGUUGACCUCUGCGUCAGACCUACCCAAGACCUCCGAAAAUCCCCCGGCCGUGUCGGGGCCUCCUCUCGCACCCCUGCCCCUGAAGCCCAGCAAGGUUGUCCAGCACCGCGAGCCCGGUUCAGCCAGCACCCUCUUGCACAGGCGCAGAACUAGGGUUCCGGGUGUCCUGUUCUGCCGGUUCUGUCACAGGAAGUUCAUGCACUUGAAGAGGCUGCGCAACCACGAACAGGUGUGCACCAGGGGUCCGGUCCCGAGUGACGAGGAGGAGGAGAAGGACGCGGUGGCAAGAGACCCGACCUUCAUCAGCAGCCCCACUUUCACCGCACUCCCUCCCCCUGCGGCAGACCUCCCAGAGAUGGGGUGGGAGGUGGGGACAGGAGCAGGGUUGGGGGCGGGGCUGGGAUUCCGGGUGGGGCGAGGCCCCAGGAGGAUGUACCCGUGCAGCGUGUGCAAGCGGGCGUACGCCACCACCUCCAGCCUCCGGAGGCACGAGAACGUCCACUCCUGGCAGCGGGCGUAUCCGUGCCACUACUGCAACAAGGUGUUCGCCCUGGCCGAGUACCGCACCAAGCACGAGGUCUGGCACACCGGUGAGCGCCGCUACCAGUGCAUCUUCUGCCUGGAGACCUUCAUGACCUACUACAUCCUGAAGAACCACCAGAAGUCCUACCAUGGCAUAGACCCGCGGCUGUCUGUCAACAGGAAGUCGGCUAAUGGUGGUUUCAAGGGCAGCGUCUACCCCAUCAAGCUGUACCGCCUCCUCCCCAUGAAGUUCCGAAAGAGGCGCUACAGGUCCUACGGCCGGGGGCUCUCUGAGGCUCCGGAAUUUGGGGGGCAAGCAUUCCCCGACCCCCUCGGGAGUUGCAGCUCCCCCUCUGCGGCAUUUGGAGAGGGUGCGGAUGAGCCCCUGACCUUCAUGGCCACCCCGAAAAUGGCGGCUCCUGUCCAACCCUCGCGUGCAGAGGCGGAGGCGUGUUUGCGUCGAGGGGCGAUCUCCCCGCCUCCGUCGCUGUUCCACAGACAGGGCGGGUCUGUCGACUACACCCUCCCCGAGCUCCGAAAGCAAGGGACAUCACCUCCAACGAUCCAUGACAUGGAAUUAGGCGAUGGUCACCUGCCGCCUGACAGUACAUCAGGAUCAGGAAAUGACCCAGAGGAUCACUUAUCAAAUGCAGUGCACCCUCCUGUGGCCGGAGGCCGUACUGCAGCUGGUGGCAGAAUUGCGACCUACAUUGCCAAGCCGGCAUGUGCGGGCCCAUCGAGUGACAGCCGAGUGCCGCCACUCUGUCAGAUCACUGUGAAGAUCGGCAACGAGGCCAUCGUCCGUCGAAGCAUUGCAGGGUCCAACCUCAUCCCCAGAAAGAAGAGGCACCAUUCAGAGAGGCAGAUUCUUCACCCAAGGGUCGAGCAACGGCGAGCAUCUUUGCGGGAGGCCGAGCUAUGUGACGACGGUAAUUGCGAUGACAUGGACGAGCCGUGGCGGCCUUACUACUCGUACAAGUCAAAGAGGAGGGCGAAGAGGCUGAGGUCCAGAGACAAGCGGGGUGGCAGGAGAGCCAGAAUAAGGAGGUCCACGGACAUUGAGCCAAGCCUCCUAGGGGAGGCCUACAGCCCGGAGGAGAACUCACCCUCAGAUGCAGCAAAUGCCUGGAUUGCGGCCCAGAACACCACACACAGCUGUGAGGACUGCCAGAGCACCUUCCCCUCCCCGUCUGCACUACAGACACAUAUAGCCGACUGUCACCCCAAGGAGCGGGUGCACACCUGCCGCUCCUGUGGGAAACAGCGCCCCCACCAGGAGGAAGUGCCGCAGGACGGCGGGGAGUUCACCUGCAGCACGUGCGCGAGGGACGGCCCCCACCUGGACAACCCCGCCGGGAGCCCCGCCCCAGACCGCCGCUACCGCUGUUCCUUCUGCCCCCAGCGGUUCCUCUACCUGGCCACCAGGAGGAGCCACGAGCGCAAGCACCUGGAGAAGCAGGGGAAGAGCCAGGGUGGCCAUUUAAUCCCCAAACCCACCUCCCUGGGCGCCCAUCAGAAAAGGCAGCCUAUUAAAACAGAGGAUGAGGAAGUGGAGGUGCAGCAGGUGGAGGUGACGGAGAGCAAACCUUUAGUGAGGGAGGAGCUGAAGCUGAGCGUGUGUGACGACCCCACGCCGUGCGCCCCCGUCACCCUAAAACAGGAGGACCACGCAGAGCCAAACGGCGGUGGCUGCGACCAGGGGUAGACAACAAGACCGGACCAGGUCACGUCCGGGUCACUUCAGGACAGACCCUGAAAGAAGUGCCUCUGGAGAACAUUCCAGAACACUGGGAAAGCCAUCAUUCCAGAGGGCGGAGGGCUUCCAUGCCGUUCCAAGUCUGCAGUGGUGGACAAGCUGCGAACUGCCUUUCUUUGGGAGAAAAUGAUCUUCAUAACCAUGAACAGUCCUCCUGCGUUCAACCGCUGAUCCAGUCCUGCAACACCUGCCUGGCUGUUUCAGCAAGGAGAGAAAAUGUCCGGGAAAUAUCUGACAAAAACGGCACUGUUGCAGACCAUUAAGGGCACAAAACUAAGGACGCUUAGGUCCAGCAGGGAAAGGGACAGUAUUGAGUACCUCACAAUGGCCGUCUGUCAUCUUUGACCUUUGACCUGAGCUUGCUUCUCACAGAAUAGCUGCUCUCUGUUAGACUGUUUGACUGUUAGACUGUUUAAAUUUUUAAAAGUCUGUCCUUCUUUAACAAACAAACACAAACAGAAUGCCAAUGUAAGACAAAUAUUUUUUUAACUCAGAAUCCAAGUAAAUUGGUAGUUUUCUUUUUUCACAUUUUCAGAGAACAUUUUAUUUUUGUAAAUUUUUUUAGGAUUGGUAGGCCCCUGGGUAGACCCUCCCACCUUGCGACCUAUGCACAUACUCCGUGUCAUUUCAGUGCACCCGGUUGUUGAUAAGUGUUAAGAGCUGCAAAACAACCUUCUGUCUUCUGUUGUUUUGUGUUUUCCCGUUAACAUGGUUCCCAGAAUUUCUUCCCAGACAUUCUUGCAGCCGUUUGUAAUCAAGUUUGCCCUUUGACUUUGCUAACUUACCUUUAGCAAAAAGUCAGAGUCAUAGAAUUGUGAUGAUCGUGUCACCGCCAAGAUUUGUGUCUUAAUUUAAUUUGUCUUAGAGACACUUCCAGCCUAUAGAUAGGUUGCAGCGCACCGGAGGAUAUUGUCAAUAAUUAUGAAUAAACCGUGGAAUUGUAACUGUCAAA